GAAGGAAAAGAUCUUUAAAAGUCCCGUGAAGCUAUCGGCGUGUAGAUCCAAAUCCAUCAUUCAUCGUCGGUCAUCUUCACCACACAGGAACGGGCCACAGAAGGGAAAAUCCGCAAGUUCUGGGGGAAGAGUGGUGGUAAAAAGUGACGAAAUCUGGUGCAAACAGUCAAAUGUCCGUGUUGAUUUUUUGAUAAGCUGGUGGUCCUUGGAAUCGGUAGUAAAUGUGGCACACAAUCCGGUGAGGAAUCGGGAAUCCAAAGCUGGAAAACUGCCACGACCUAGAAAAAAUUUUCCACGCCAUCGUCGCCGCACAUCUUUUAGUGCACACAGGAAAAAGGUGGAAAAAAGAGAAAAAGCGAAGGAAAUCUCUAGAGUGAAGUGGACCUCUUUUCGUGGAACGGAUUCCUCCUCAGUUCGAGUUCGAGUCGGUGCCAGAAGAGUCAAGCGCGAACCGUGAGCUAGUGUGAGGUGCGAAAAUUGGAAGACACCACCAGAAAGGGGGAAAAGAAGCCAUUGGGCAGCUGCGACUAAACUAGACUAGACUAGAGUUAGUACAUAUAGGUAGUAGAGCAGAGUGCGCCGCGCCGGGAAGGGAAGAAUCGAGGACAGUUAGGUUUUGAGUUCGUGGCGCUCCGAUUUUUCUUAUAUCUAAUUACGAGCCAGUUCCCAACGGUCCCCCCGUUAGUAUUUUUAUGAACGCGUGUAUGUGUUUAUACGGGGUGACGGUGGAGUGAAAUAGACGUGAAAAUCUUGAGUCAUCGUUUUUCCAAGCCGUCUCGUGUGCGGAAAGCGGAAAAUAUCUCCCCGAAUCAAUCUCGCGCGCAAGUGUUUUCAGGAAAUUUGAUCUUACCCGACGAUGCCUCCAUCUUACUGUUCGGUCCUCGGAUGUAACAACAGCCGAAGCCCUACGUGCAGCCUGUACUGCUUUCCCAAGGAUGAUGCUGUGUGCAAGCAAUGGGUCGAGUUUUGCAACCGGCCCGAGCUGUGGAAAAAGUACGAGGAAAACGGCCCCGAGUACCUGUACAAGAGUUCUCGGAUUUGUUCCGAUCACUUUCAGCCGAGCGACUUCAACAAUCCCAAUCUUUUCAGUCAAGGGUUAAAAAAAGGUUCGGUGCCUACACUCUAUCCAGCCAGUAAAGAACCAAAGAAUCGCUACAGCAUUGGAGGCAGCGGAAUUAGUGCCAUCAGCGGAAUCGGAUUCGCUGGUGGUGGUGGUAAUGGUGGCCACAGUGGUAACAAUUCGCCACCCAACACCAACAACGACAAUGAUUCACUCGUCAUACCAAUGUCAACGAAGCGACCGCUUCUCUCGCAGCCUUCGUCUCAACAGCCAGUUGCUAAGCGAAGAUCACUUCCACCUGCCCUCAGUUCCUCCAUUGCCACCAACAACAGCCAUGCUGCCGCAGUCAGUGGCGUAUUGGCCGGACUGAUCCAGCGGCAGCAGCUGAAAGAACAACAACGGAAGGCAUUUGUGGCUGCCCUGCAGCUCCAACAGCGACACCAACAGCAACAACAACAACAGCAACAGGUACAACCAAACCCACAGCGAUCAUUGCUGGCCUCGCUGAAGCAAAAACCAAAUAACAAUAACAACAACAACAACAACAAUAACCACAUCAGCAGCAACAACAACAACAACAACAACAACACCAAUACCAGCAGCAGCAUCGCCAAACUGGCAGCUGCCAGCUUACAGGAAAGGCUCGAGGAUGAACGAGGGUACGGCAUCAACUACGUGGACAUGGAUGGAGGCGAUUCAUCCGAGUACGAUUCCAGUUACCAAAAUGCGGUCGAGGAGGAACUCGCCGCCUACAAACAGCUUCAGCAGAUGAAGGCCAUCAAAGCGGCAGCCGCCGUAAUUCCGGCAUCGCUCAAAUCGGAACUGACGGUAACGCCGGCUGUCAACCACAACAACAACAACAAGAGCAGCAAUUUCAACCGGAUCAGCACCGGAAGCAACAGCAGCAACAGUGCAAGCCCUCCGAGCUCAUCCGCAGCAACAACGAACGGUACCAUCAACUAUAAGGAAAAGUACGAGCAAGCCCUGAAGGAGCUGUUCGCGUGCCGUAAGAUAGUCAAGAACCAGAACAACGCCAUCAAACAGCUCCAGGGGGAGAUAGAUUUCCUCAACCAGCUGCUAAAGGAGAAAUGAUCUCGUUCCGGGUGAUCGAGCCGUGGAAAUAGUUUUAGUCGGGUGCCAACAACAGUUUGCUCUUAGGACUUACUCUAGGACGUGUGCGUUGUGUAAGUCGUUCGUGUGCUGUUCGGCCACGAUGCCCUCUCGAGGUGGGACCAUCGUGGCCACAAUUACGUUUCUCUUUUUUACAUAGUCUAGUACUGGAGACAAGCUUUUAAGUCAUCGGAGGUAGUACAAGGAUAGAUCGAGUCCUGUUAGAAGUUAGUAUUAAGAUUUGAUUUAAUCGUACAAUUAUAUUUACCACAAAAUACAAAAUGGAGUGGACAUAUUUUGAACUGUUCUGCUCCGCCUGUAGUGCCAGAUGAAAUAAUAAAUGAUACCUACGUUUUCGGAACGAGAGAAGCAGUAUUUUUCGUUCUCCUCGUCGAAACAUGCUAGUUAACCAUCAUCACUUCUACAUUAGUCAUAGUUACCAUCCUAUGAUCCUAUGAUCCUAUUUAUUUUUCUGCGUGCAUACAUUCCAAUAGUGAACCAAAUUUGAUUGCAUGAAAUCUCCCGCAAGUUUUUACUAAUAAGCUGCAAAUUUCGUACUGUUAAGUUGUAGAAAAGAAGCAAAAGUAUGCCAGUACUAACGAGCAGGAUCGUAUUCGCGAUUUCGAAAUAAGUUUAUUUACUAUAUCUGUAAAAACAGAAAUCUCAGGUGCGCCAAAAAAAGCACCUGGCUCCUCUGGGUACGGAGUCCCAAACACCCAGAUCUAUACGAAAACACAAAACAGGAGAAUAUUGCGCCUUUCAAACGAGUGUAGUCUGAAAAUCUAAUCAAAUGACAAAGUGAAAAAUAAAGAUAGGUUUAUAUAUACCAUAAACUCUUACAAAAAAGCGGUUUCGAGAAUAAAGAAGGUGUUUGAAGUAAAGUAAAAACGUUUCCUACCAAAAUCCGUACACACUUUGGGAAAGGAGCGGAAACGAACACGUUAGUCAUAGAAUCGGAAACGAGUAUUCUGGUUCUGGUUACUUGAUUCAAUUACACAAACACUUUAAAAUGCAAAAAAAAAAUACAAGAAAAAUAUAUUGGAAAUAGCUUAUAUUAUACCCCUAUAUACAUAUUUAAGAAAACAAAAUGGGUUCAACCAAAUGAAUUAAAAAUGCCAGCAUUAGCUUAGAAUGUGUACCAGACAAAAGUAUGAGGACACGAUUCAAAUGUUGUGAAACGAAAUACAAGCAUACUUCGAUAUAACGUAACUAACUUUUUUACUGUACGCUACGAGGAAGUAUGCUUGUAUUUCAGAACAAUAUAAAUACUUUUGUUUGGUACUGUAUGUGGGAAACGGUGGAAGCCAAAAUCAAGUUGAAAAGGAUACGUUUUACCUAGCGCUGCGUGCGCUUCUACAACACGGAACAAAACCAAAUGGAACAAUGGAAAACAAAUGGACAGUCGCUUUCUGUUGCUGAUAAAUUUGAUCGGGAUAAUAUAGAUUCUAAACAUUGUA